UUGCCUGAGCAGCGGGUCUAUUCAAAGAUACAUAGGUUUAUUGGAGCAGCUUGAGAAUCGUCAAAUUAGAGUUUAGUAAUUUAUUCGAAAGUAUUUUUUGAUUUAAAUAACUUAUUUCUCCAUAAAAGUCGCUUUUGGACGCUUAGAACUUUCCCGAAAUACCAAAGAUGGGAAAUACGGACAGCAUUCCGGUGGUCUCGCAGACCAAAUCGUUCGUUCAAUGGGUCGGUGGCAACGCGGAGGGAGCACUUGUUACCCAGAAAAACUUUGCUUAUAAAAACACAUUUCCUGUAAUCUCGCAAAUCGCAUCUGCAGGUUACGCCAUCGGAGGAGAGCCAGGGAAAGCACUCGACCUUCAGAAGAAGUUUGCUGACGAUUUAGACGACGUAAUUGACUCAAUUCCAGUCGCUGGACAUGUCAAGGGGGGUUUACACUACGCCCUGGGGGACAAUAAGAAAGGGGACGAAGCCAUGAAAUCCGCCUCUCGAAGUACAGGCGUUGCUCUGGGAGGAAUUGGCGGACUCGCGGUUGGCGGACCGGUGGGCGCGGUUAGUGGAGGAAUCGCUGGCGGGGCAGCGAUGGACGGGAUUAUCACGGGAAGCGCCAAGCUCAUAAAUGGAAAAAAGGCCAAGCCUCACGGGUACGUCGCUAUGGGUCAUGAUCUCGCCAGUGCGAUUAAAGGCGAGACGAAAAUAACGGCCAAGCAGGGUUUACACAUGGCCCUGGUUCCCGUGUCGGAUGGCCUGGCAGGCUAUUCGGCUGCAAAGAUAGCAGCCAAACCGUUAGGGCUGAAGGUUCCUAACGGUGAGAAACCCGGUAUCUCCAACGUUGUCAGUAAGGGAUAUCGUCCCAUCGUGGGACAUGAAUUGGCCGCCAAAAUGAAGAAUCCCGCCAGUAAUAAUCUGGCUAAGGGGAAUAGAGUUGGGUCGCUUGAGUCCCCUAUGAACAACCGAGGAAAUUUGGUACAACCCAAAAAAUCAUUGGAACCUUUUUCCUCAGAUCGUGGCAAAGGAACGGGUAGUGAAAUGAAAACGAUCGACAACCAUGCACCAAUUCCAAUUUUGAAAUUAAAAUAAUUGUAAAAUUUAUAUUUCAUUGCUAAUUUAAAUUCAUAAUUUAUCAGAUAAAAUUUAUCAUUAAGUUUUAUGUUUUUUCUGUUUUGCGAAUGUUGUGCGAAACAAUUUAUACAUAUUUUGCAUACUGUAUGUACGUAUUUAGUGUUGUAUUUAUGUAAGAAGUGGUGCAAAUAUGACGUUAGAAAAUUUUUCCUAGAUUUCCAUUCCAAUUUCAUUUCCAAUAAAUCCCAGACAAUAUUUAGGGUACAUACAUACAUACCUUAAUUGGCAACACCAAUAUAUGUUUAAUAAGUACUCGAAGUGAAAUUAUCGCACCAUAAAAAUUUAUGUAACUACAUAAAUGAUUUGUUAUGAUGAACGAGA